CGUUCCCAACCACGACAUGGAUCCCCGGCUGUACACGACGAACCCCAUUCUCGGAACAGGCGGAGUGCCACCGCGGGCAACGGGCAGGGCGCGCGGAUACAAUGACAAGCGGGGAGCGGGACUACCGUCUGACAAGUUCCAUCAGGAUGCCUGGUCGCCUACGCCCAGGCAGAGGUCUGCUGCAGAGGUCAAGGUCAUGGGAUACUCGAGAAAUCCACUGCUCGAAGGUGAGGUUCCCGCCCGCCCGUCAAAGUCGUACGCUGCGGCCAAGGUGUGGGGAACUGGUCGCAAUCCCAUCGUCGAAGGCGAUCCGUGCUACCAGCCGCCCCGUGCACCUACCCGUGGCACAAAGUUCCUGACCGAGGGUACAUCGCCAGAGUAUGAUCUCUAUCCCACCACCGGUGGCUCCGGCCGCUCCUCGGGUCGUCGCCAUGUCGUCGAUCCCAACCGCCACAACGGUUCGUCCUCGCUCGCCCACAUCGGUGGCUCACCCGAACAGCAGCCAGUCCGCAGGGCACACCCCAAGCACCACGCCGACACGUCGGGCCUCAUCGGCGGCAUCAACGCUCCGCCCGUCAUCGAUGCCGAUCGCGCCGCAGAGCACGCUGCUCAUGAGGCCGCCAUCGCUGCAGAAGCUGCGAACAAUGCCACCUACCAACAGAACAGGCAAGUCUAUUCCCGUCUCCGUCACGCCUGCACCGCAACGAACCCGGACCUGCUUUCCUUCGACUACCCCCAGUGAUGAAACACAGUACACUCUCCUC